AUGGCCAAAAAGGACUCGACCCAGCCAGACCAGAGGUUCGCCUGCGACCGACCAGGCUGCGACAAGAGCUACUCGAGACCCGACCACCUCUUGCGGCACAAGCUCAACCACGACGUGGACCGUGUGCUUUGCUGCAACCAGUGCGACAGGACCUUCGUGCGCCAGGAUCUGCUGGUGCGCCAUCUCGAGCGCCACGCCCUUCGGGGCAAGACGCUCGGGCGCUGGUCCAACAAGGCAAAGGACAAGGCCGAGGGCUCCGGCUCCUCUUCCUCGCGUCCAAAGGCCAGCCGCAGAGCCUCAAAGGCGGCCAAGGUGUCGCACGAGCCGUCCGACUCCGAGAACGAGUUCCUCGACCCGGCACUCGGUCCGCAUCCGCCGCACGCCGCCGCUGCCGCUGCAGGGCAAGGCGGCGCCGACUUUGACGACAGCUUUGGCCGAUAUCCGGGGCCCUCGAGCUAUGGCGACUUGCCACCGGACGCGGGACCCUCGCCCUCGAGCUGGGCGGCGGCGGGCGGGUAUGAGGCAGCCGGCCAUCCGCUGGACCUUUCGUCCGGCGCCAUGUCCAGCCACCACGCGCCCCCGCACCCUCAGCACCACCAUCACCACCCCCCUCACCAGCAUUCACAGCACGAUCCAGCCGCAUCGCAGUGGUCGCCGCCAGGCGCCUCGGCCUCGUCGGCCACCGCCCUAUCUCCGCCAUUCCGAAGGAGCACCACUAUGCCCUUCGCCUCGGUAUAUGGAGACGCAUCCACCCGCAACGGCGGUCCGUCACCGGCCGAUCUCUUGCCGUACGACGGCAGCAGCAGCAGCGGCGGCGGCCGUGCAUUGGCGGCAGGAGGGUCAGCGGGGCCCCCUGGCGGCAGCGGCAGCACAGGCGGCAGCGGGCGUGGCCCGAGUUCGGCUCCGACCUAUGACGAGCUGGACGGCGGGAGCGGCAGCCGGCACCCGCCGCCGCCGCCUGCGCCCUGGCACAGCGGAGCGUAUCCGGCCUCGGCUACAACCACGGCGGUCGGCAGGACAAUGGCAGAGGGCGCCUCGGCCAGCGACCCAACGUCGUUCCGGUGGCUCGGGCCAGACGACCUCGGCGGCGACGGCAGCGGCGAAGGUGGAGCGGGCGGUGUCGGUCACUCUGCCGGCGCCGAGGGGGGCGGAAGCUAUGCGCCGCCACCGUCGGGCGCCUACUAUGCCGGCUGGCCAGAGGCCUCGGGAGCUGGCGCCGGUGCCGAUGUCGGCGGCAGCGCCGGUCCUGGCACUGGCCCUGGCGACGAGGGACAAGCGGUGGCCUCGGCCAACCAGUCGUCGGCUGUCGGCAUGGGGGCGCCUGCAGCGGGAGCGGCAGGCACGUCCGGUGCGCCCAGGCAGGCUGCGUCCAUGGCGAUGCCACCGCUCGCCAACCACGAUAUCUUCCCCUUUGCGCCGCCCACCAUCGAUCACACGGCCGACUACGGCUGGCUGUUUGACGGCAUGGACCCCUUUGGCUCCUCUUCGGCGUUUCCCGGCCUGGGCCGCUUCGACGCCAGCCGGGGCCAGUCGCAGGCGUCGGCGGGCUUCUCGCCCUCGAGCUCCGAUGGGCUCGGCGGCUUCCUCGGCAGCUUUUGGCGGCGGCUCGCAGAACGGCGGCAACAGCGUCGGCGGCGGGGGCAAUGGGGGGGCCACGGCGGCCAUGGCGGCGGCGGCGAGACUGCCAGCUUUGGCCGCGGCAUGAGCUCCGACGGCUUCCUCAUGUCUGGCAGCGAGGCCGAGCCGCCGAAUGCGCUCGAGGACCUGGCCUACUUUGCCAGCCUGCAGGCCGAGAUCCCGAGCCGCGUCACGUUCCACGUCGACCCCGUGGCGCACCACCGGCUGCUCGUCUUUCUCAGCUCGGUCAGCGAGCUGCCCAACUCGCCGCUCUUCACGCCCUCGGCGCUGCGCUGCUACAUCUACCUCUUCUUCGCCAAGUUCAACCGCCUCUACCCGCUGCUCCACGAGCCGACGUUCGCCGCCAGCACCACCGAUCCGAUGCUGCUGAGCGCCGUGGUGGUCAUCGGCGCCCACUUUGCCGCGCUGCCGGCGCACGAGCUGGCGGUCCGGAUCGCCCAAAAGAUCUGGGGCGCCAUCGUCAGCCUCGAAGACUUCCGGCCGGCGCGCGCCACGCUGCCGAUGCUGCAGGCCAUGGUGCUCACCGAGUGCUUUGGCAAGAUGAUGAGCUCGCGCCCGCAGCACGAGAUGUCGCACCUCUUCCACAACUUCAUCAUCACCCUGGCCCGCCGCAACGCCGUCUUCAACCCCAGCGCCUCGGCGACGUCGGCCCAGCCGACGGGCUCGAGCUACGAGGAGACCGACGAGUUCUGGCGCGGCUGGGCGCGCGAGGAGGAAAAGAAGCGGAUCGCGCUGUUCGCCUUCAUGCUCGACGCCCAGCACGCCACCACGUUCCGCCACAUCCCGGCGCUCAGCGCGUUCCAGAUCCAGCUCAACCUGCCCUGCAGCGACGACGAGUGGAGCAAGGCGUCGCCGGACGCGUGGAAGCAGCACCGCCGGCGCACAAAUUACAAGGCGCCCACGCCGUUCAUCCCGGCGCUCAAGGCGUGCCUCAGUCCGGGCAAGACGCCCCACGAGCUCGACGCCUUCCCGCGCUUUGUGCUGCUCCACGGCCUGAUGAGCAUCGCCUAUGAUCUGCACUGGAAGCAGAACAUCCUCCUCGGCGCCGAAAACAGCGCAGGCGGAGUCGGCGGCAGCGGCAUCGGCAUCGGCAACUGGAAGGACCGGCUGUCGGCCGCCUACUCGUCGCUCCAGGCCCGUAUGGACAUUGCCUACAUCAAGGCCGAGGACGACUCAAACGCGCGCCUCAUCCACCGCGCCACGCCUAGCCUCGUCUCGGCGGCUCAGGUGACGCUUUUUGCCGACACGAUCGACAUCCAGAUCUACGCUGGUCUACCCUCGGUGCUUGGCCGCUUCAUCGAUCGCGCCACGUUCAACGCCUCGCGGCGCUCGGUCAAGGAGUGGGCCAAGACUUCGGACGGCGCGACGGCCGUGUGGCAUGCCGUCAACUUCCUGCGCACCUCGCUCCUCGGCAGCGGCACCGAGGCCUUUGGCACCAUCCAGCCCUGGCGGCCGUCGCAGGGCUUUGCCGAGUCCGACGUGCGCGACCGCAACGGCAACGGCGCUGGCGGCGACGACGACGAUGCCUACUCGAUUGGCGGCCGCCGUGACAGCUCUCCUGGCCUUGGAGGCGGAGCAGGCGGCGGCGUCGGUGGCAAGAGGAGCCCCGAUCGGGAGACGGGCCUCGACGAGGUGCUGCACCACCGCUGGUGCCAGUACCUGUGCGCGCUCGUCAUCUGGGCGUAUGGGCACGCGCUGGCCACGCCGCGCGGAUCGCAGCCCGCCACGGCAUCGAGCACGCGGCGGCCCUCGACGUCGAUACCGCGCGUCAACAACGUGCCCGACGCCCCCUUCCCGCUGCAGGGCCCCUACGUGCGGCGCAAUGCCGCCGCCGCGGCGGGCCAGACGAACGCGCCGCCGCUCAAGCCCGAGGCGGUCGACUUCCUGGAGCGGAUGAGCACCAAGUCGCCCGAAGGGAUCGCGGCCGUCGACUGCAAGUGCUAUACCAAGUCGGUGCUGGAGCUCGUCGAAAAGGAGCUGCGCGGCUCGCGCUGGGAGCUGGGCCGCGAGGCGUCGGGCGUGCUGCGCAAGCUCAUCUCGAAUCAUGCGCUGCCCGAAUGGGACCGCAGCGACGUUGGCGGCACGGGCAACAGCAGCAGCAGCAGCCACCGGCACCACCCGCAUGCCGGUCAGAGCAGCAACAGCAACGGCGGGAGCGGGGGUGGCGGCGGCGGCGGCAGCGGUGGCAGUGGCGGUGGCCCGGGCGGAAGCGGAGGCGGCAACAGUGAUGGCUUCAAGCGGCCACCGGCUGCCAACGGCGGUGGCGGUCCCGGCGACGAUAGCGCACGCGGCAACAGCAGCAUCGCCACCAACGCCAAGUCGAGCCAGGUCGAGGCGGAGCCUGCCUCGUCGGCGGCGUCGCGGCAUCGUGGCACGGACCCUGGGCUUGGGCAUCGCAGUGCUCCAGCGAACAAGCCAAGCAGAGACGGGGUCGCUGCCAUAGACGAUGGCGGUCAUGCGGACCGCCAGGUGCCUGGCGGCGAUGGUAACGCCGGGACGAGGAAUGAUUCGCUCAAGCGCGAGUUGGAGAUCGACGCCGAUGGCAGCGGCAGCGGUGGCGGAGGCGUCGGGUCCCGACCUCCGCCGGCGCGGCGGAUGCGCUCAUCGCCGGGGCCAGCGAAGGACCGAGCCAUGUCGUCGAGCAGCACCGAGGCUGCGUCGACGCAUCAUCAACACCAUCACCAUCAACAUUCCCACCACAAAGACGGCAACAGCGGCCGUCUGCAUGGCGAGCGGCGUGAGGACGAGACGCGGGCCGCGCAGCAGCAGCAGCCGAGGGACGGCAGCAACGCUCCCGCUCCCUACGCAACGGCUUCGAGCGGGCCCUCUGCCAACCCCCGCGGCGGCGGCGGCGGCGGCGGCGGGGACCGUGCGAUCGGCAGCUCUGCCGGCGGCAUGGGCUCGUCCAAGGCGGCCGCGCUGACGGCCUGA